AUGAGACCGUCCUUGAACGAGAUGACUGGUGGUAUGAGGGAACCAGAAAUGUGCUUCUGCAUCGAUCAGGCGAACAUCACUCCAGACUUCCUGGGACCCUCUGCGGCUACUCAUAUGGUUGAGCGCCUCAACCCUGGCUCAAAAAACCUGGCUUGGGAUGCGCGUCCGCUAUACGGUGACCCAUUGUCUCUACAACGGUCUAUUACGCCAUCUCUUCCGGGUCUCCCCCCGAUCGAGUUCGCGAAACAUCUUUUCUGGGUGCAAUUCUCCUACAUCGGUACCAUAUUUUCCCUUAUUCAUCCCCGACAGUUCGAGGAACGACUGCUUUUCGUCUACAAUCGACCUGCGGAUUUCUCGCGACUCGAGAACCGUCUCAUCUACUGCCAAACCCUCUUAGUACUGGCAUUUGGUCUGAUGUAUUCGGUAAAUCAGUGGUCAGGGGAUGACGGUCCUCCAGGUUUCAAGUUCUUUAAACAUGCACUGGAACUCUUGCCAGAUAUUCACGAAGAAGGCUCAAUCUUCUUCGUUGAGGUUCUGUGCUAUGUUGCCUACUUUAUGCAAAAUCUGAAUAGACGAGAUGCCGCUUUCAUUUACAUCGGUCUUGCCCUGCGCAUGGCAAUUUCACUAGGGCUUCAUCAAGAAGUCUCCGACCCUAUGAUCAGUGAGAAGGAUCGCAAUCGCCGCCGCAGUGCGUGGUGGUCCGUCUACAGUCUGGACCGCGUCCUCUCGGUCAGGUCAGGCAAUCCGAUCACAAUUCAAGAUGACGAUAUAGGUACAUCUUGGCCGGCUGCUCUUGACGGGUCAAUCCGCGAUCCUUGGCCAUCGAUUGUCUUGACCUAUUACACACAAGUCUCUCGAAUCCUCGGGCGGAUUGGAGAAGAAAUCUACCGCAAGAAACCUCGCUCCGGUUCCAACCUGAUCAAAUCGGUCCAAAGUGUCAUGAACGACCUGUCAGCUUGGUUGGGAUCAAUCCCGGACUCCCUUCGGAUUGACUUCAACGAGCUAGAGUCACACGUGAACCGGGAGACUGUAUCAGUCAAUCUGCAUUUCUACUCAUGCGUCAAUAUGACAGCACGACCUUUGGUCUUUUACGUUAUCAAAAGACGCCUUGACGCCGGCGCGAACGGAACCACCCUAGAAGACUGGAAAGAUGGACUCGCGCCAAAUACCGUCGCAGUUAUCGAAAGCUGUAUAUCUGCGGCCCGAGCCACCAUCAUGAUCAUGGAUGCCGCUGAUAAGCACAGCCUGAUUGCUACAUAUGGUUAUCUGGAUGGCGAUUAUAUUUUUGCUGCAGCACUAUUACUGGUCAUGGUUAACGCUGCCUUCCCAUAUAACGAAGCCAACGAGCGUUCGAUGGACAUGGCUCUCAACCUUCUCCGAAAAAUGGCCAACAAAGGCAAUGCAUAUCUUGAAUCACGUCACGCCCUUCUCUUGGAACUUAGGACAGCGAUUGAUCCCCAGUGCAAUGGGAAUACUGAGCAGAACCCUAAUCCUGACCUACAAGUUCGUGAUAACCCAAACAGUGACAGAGCGCCGAGUUCAGGAGCUGCAGCUGCCGAUCCAGAGACGCCACCGAUAGCGUUGAAUGAUUGGCAGCAAGCUUCUCUCUUCCCAUCAUUCGGGAAUGCAUCAUUACAGAUUAGUCUUGACGAUGAUCCAGCUCUAUGGGAAGGUGCUCUGGACCAGAUCAAUAUCGACAUGGAUACGGAUUGGAUUGAGAGUACUUUGAGGCGUUAG